CACACGUGGUCAGGGGAGGGGAGCCGGGACGGGGAAUAACGUCUGGAGAAAACAGGCCGAACAACCGGCCGAGCCUGCCACUGGCGCCUCGUCGCCUUUCGGACAGCCGAAGAAGCUGGCUUCUUCCUCCGCCACCCCUCCUGCGCAGCCGUCUCCGAGCCCUUCCCCAUUCGCGGGGUUUGGAAAAGCAUCACCCGUGUCGUUUGGGACUCCCUCGAGCUUCUCUGGGGCUCAAAAUGGCGGCAACGUCGCUUCACCACGGCAACCAUUCGCGCAGCCUACCAGUGGAGCGACCAGUGCGGCCGUCCCCGUGGAGGACGCCGCGCUUCUAAGUAGCUAUACGGAUCGCUACGAACAGGUUAGUUGGAAUUGUACUUCGGGAUUUGGACACUGGUGGUUAUUUUGAUUGAUGCUCACUUUCGAACAGCUCAAGCUUGAUAGGACGAAGCAAAGAGAGAAGGCUAUACGGGAAGGUCAGAUGGCAGAUCCGAACCAGCCAACGUCACUGCAGCAAGCCAUUACGCCUGUGGGUACUUGUACAAGCAUGUGUCCAGAAUUCGAACGCGUGGAGCGCAUUGUUCAGAAGAUGGUCGACAAGAGCGAAAAGUACCUGCAUCCUGCCACGAACACCUUACAAAAUAUGGAAUUGAAGAUGCUCAAGCGGUUUCGACGAUCGGCCGCCGGUUACGACGCGCAACUCCCGUCUGAUAUCAGAACACCUCAAGCGCUCCUUCAGACGAUGAAUUAUCUUAUUCGGCAUGUUCUCGACGGCCUUGAACCGCUUGGAUUGAUUCACAAAUUCGUUUGGGACCGGACUCGUUCAAUCCGCAAUGAUUUUUCCGUGCAACAGCUCACUCAAGAAGACGAUGUCAAGAUUGCCGUGACUUGUCUCGAGCGAAUCGCUCGAUUCCACAUUGUAUCCCUGCAUCUUCUUUCUAGCCCGGCCAACGAGGAACCUUUCGACCGACACCAGGAACGGGAACAAUUGAACAACACAAUGCUUUCGCUAAUGUACUACUACGACGACAACAGAGGCCGCAUCCCGUUUCCCAACGAGGAUGAGUUUCGAGCUUAUUAUAUUCUUUUCUCGAUCCAUGAUCAACGACCUGAUUUGGAAUCCCGCGUUCAGAAAUGGCCGGUUGAGCUGAGGAGCUCCCCUCGCGUUCAGAUGGCACUGGAGCUUUUCGCCGCAGCCAGCAAUACCUGGGAAUACCAGGGUACUCUCGAUGCCAAACGCCCCAACGCUAUCGCUCAGGGCUUCUAUAUGCGGUUCUUCAACCUGAUAGACUCUCCGGGAGUCUCUUACCUAAUGGCAUGCGUCGCCGAAAUCUACUUCAAUCAUAUGCGUCAGACCGCCAUCCGCUCGAUAUGGAAGGCCUACUGCCGCUAUCCAGCUUCUCAACAACACAAAAACGAGGAAUGGACAGUGGAUGAGCUGACUACGGUUCUUCGCUUUGAUGAUUAUGAUCAGACAAUCAAAUUCUGCGAAGAGCAGGACCUCCAGUUCGCCGAAAAUGCAAACGGGGAUCUUUAUCUCAACUGGGGCACCCGUCCUGUGGAUUCAGUCGGUACGUGUGCACUCUCGGCAGCUGUUUCGCCGUAUAUCUCCGUUUGUCGGGCUCAGUUCGCAUCUUAAGGAGCUUGGAUCUUAAGGCUACCAGCUCUGGUACUCAAUUGAUUUGACUCAACGACUAACUCGAUUUGCGCUACAGCCUUUCAGCCAUCCUCGGACCA